CGGAUUCUCGACGGAAUUUUGGUGCCAUCGAAAAUCCGUCACAAAUCCGUCGAGAAAAUGCGAAUUUCUUAAACUAUUAAUUUAAUUUUUAUAGCCCGUCGACAAUCCAUCGUAAAAAUAUUAAAAUUUAAUUAAUAUAAUUUUUAUUUUACGGGCCCGUCGAGAAUCUGUCAAGAAAUAUAAUUUUUGUGUAAUUAUUUUUAAUAUUUCGGUUGUCCGUCAUUAGUCCGUCAAGAAUAUUAAUAAUCACUACUAAAUAAUACUAUCUCUUCCCCAUAAUUUCCCCAAAUUCAAUUGCCCUAAAUUCCUAAAUUCCGCUGCCGCCGCUCGCCUUGCCGGAGUCGAUCUACGCCGCUCGCCUCUCCCUCCCUCGACUUCAUCCCGAUCGAGCGGUUCUCUCUCUCUCUCAAGAUUUGUAUAUUUUCAGAGCUAUCGUCGCCUCACCUCGCCGUCAUCGUUGCCGGAGCUCUGAGUGUGGUUGAAACUCCCGAAGCCUUUGAUUCCAACCAAAACCGGAACAAGGCUCGGGUUCGUGGUCGGAGCUUGUGCCCCCAUUGAGAGCGGGAUCAGGGAGAUUCGCGAGGCGCUGAAGCUCGCCGGAAAUGUCGCUGGAGCACGCCGAGAAAUCGCUGAGUUGAGAAAGAAAGUGCAGUCACAGGUUAGAUGUGUCCUACUUGAACUAUGUUCUCUUAUUAGGAUGAAGUUAAACUUUUAGUCACUUUUCCUUCUCCACUUGGCUUGUUAUAUUUUCUAUUUUGGGCUGAAUACACACGCACAUCGUUUGGGGUAGAUUGAUUAAUUAUGCUUCAUGCCUUGUUCUAUGCACUGAGCUGCCGACACUGGUUAAGAACUUUCUGUAGUUAGUCUUCUGCUUGUUCUGCAUAAACAGUGUAUUUAAAUUUCUAACAAUUUUUGUCUUAUUUUUCAUUGUUACAGUCAUCUAUCUCUUGAUUCUGCAUUCUUGGAAUCUGAGCAUAUAAUUGAUUAGCCUCCUCUUGGGCUUGCAUUUUAGAGCACCUGAACAUCUAAGAUCGCUAUUAGAACCUCCUGAUUCACAACACCAGGCUGCGAAGACUAUUAGUGUUGAUGGAACAUGUUGAAACGGCUUGGAAAGCCUAUUGGGAUCUACCUGAAGUGAAGCGCAUAUCCGAGCAGGCGAGCAAGAACCGGCGCUCUGAACCUUGUAGUCCCGGUACAGGAAUCGCCAUACAUCAUGGCGGCUCGCGUAGUGCCAUUGACCACGCCGAGCAUAUGGCUCGGGAAAAGAAUAUCCCGGUUGACUGUGCUGCGUAUGAUACAUUUCUACGCAUACACCGGAAGGGAGGAUUAUACACGGGCAUACGUUCCGAGGCACACGCGGUGGAGAUUGAGAGUCGCAUUCAAGAUAUUCAAGCCACUCAAGGUAGGGAUCCGACACCAGAAGAGGUACACGCCAUCUUUAAGGAGGUGGUGAAGAGGGACACGAAAGGCCGUGUGCUCGGGAUGGGAAUGAUGACACAGAUGGUGUCUAGUGGAUCUAGUACUCAGUCUACUAGCACGUCUCAGACUGCCCCUGCUGCUUCUCUUGAGGAGGUCGAGGCGCUAAGAGUUGAAGUGAAUGCUCAGGCUACUAGAGGGAACGACCUCGAGGCACGUCUGCUGGAGCAAGAUGGCACCAUUAAUGAUCUCAAGAGUAUGGUGGCGCAGUUUAUGGCAAAUAUGAAUAAGGGUCAUAAUUGAUACUUUUUAUGAAGUUUGAAUUUAUGUUGUGUUGAGUUUGGAUUUAUAUAGUAACUAUGGAGUUAGAACUUAUGAUACUUGAUAUUUAGCUUAAUUUAGGUAUGUUGAAUUUGGAUGUUUAGUAAGUAUGUUUGACUUUGGAUGUUUAGUAAGUUUGUUUGAAUUUGGAUGUCUA